UGUUGGUGUGAUAAAGGGGUCAUAAAAGCAGGAAAGGUUCUGGUCUUACUGUAAAAGAGGAGAGUCAUCACUGGAAGCUCUGCAGAACAGCUUGUAACCUUAAAAGCAUCUUUUAGAGACACCGAUUUAUUCCCUGUGGUCCCCACGCUGACAUUUCAAGGACGAUGCAAGUCAAUCUUCUUGCCCUGACACUCUGCCUUCUUGGCUCAGUGGUGCUAAUUGGCUCAGAGACAGCAACCACAACUGCCAAUCCACCAGGGCCCCCAACAACGGGCUCAAAAGAGACAACAAAGCCAACUUCCAAACCAACUGUGCCCAUAACCGUACCUACGACUCCGUCUAACACCACCGAAAACUCCACAUCCACGGAAGCUCCAACGACUCUGCCCGAUACCACGUUAAACCCCAAUGCCACAUCAACCAGUCCAUCCAACUCAACUGAAUUACCAACAAAUGGCACGACAACCUCCACCGUGACAACUAAAGAAAGUCCAACGAGUCCAGAUGCAACUGUAAUAAUUCCUGCCCCUACUCCACAAUUCUCAGAUGGGGAGAUCGCUGGUAUCGUCAUCGGCUCUAUCGCUGGAGUUGGUGCCGUUGGUGGUGGCAUCUUUGGCGUGCUGAAGUACACUGGGAAGUUUUAAGAGCAGUGAUUGCCCAACAAGAAGACAGAUAAUGAUAUAUUCUUAACACAGACCUCCACCAGUUUUAAGGGUGUUCAUUGAAACAACUCGUAAUGUCUAAUUGGUUCAAACCAGAGGAAUUUAAAAUAAUUGAUAUGAUAAUAUGGGAUGAAGACAUUAAAGUUGAUUGCCUGCUUUGGAAUUGAAAUGCAUUUUAAGCUGAUCAAAGAACUAUUUUUGUGAGAGAGGAUGUGUUUUAUAAUAACUUUAUGUGUAGAAGGCCACACUGUUUAAUCUGGUGACCGUGGUGUUUACAAUUACAAUAUGUAAGCUGGGUUUUUUUUUAAAAUGGUGUUCUGAAAGAUUUUGUGAUCAUUUUAUUUUCCUAUAAUGAUAAGCUAUGAUAUACCUGUGGAGCUCCAGUUUCUUGACCUUUUUGAAAUAAAACAGGCAUUAUAACGAUCAUUUAUUCUAUUUGAUCUGACCAGUAUUUCAUUCCAACUGUUGACUGUUAUUUCCUUGUCACUAACUGGGUUUUGUAUCUUAAUCUUUCUUUACAUUUA